GCCCUCUCUCCCAACGGCUGUGGUUAAACCUAAUGAGGCGUCAGCUAAUUAGAGUUCUAAUGUUAAUGUUUUGAUAACCCUACGCAGUGGUUAACUUAAUGUUAUUAAGCAAAGUUAGCUAGCAAUGAAUAAUGUCAGCCUAUCCUUUGUAAUGCCUGGGAACCAGCUACAGCUUGGGCUAGCUGGCUAGCUUCAGCAUGAAUUCCUGAAUUUUAUCAGUGAGACAUUUCAUUCAUUCACUGUUACGUCUGGAUGAAAAACAUCUCAGAGUAAGAUUUCAGUGGCAGGGCUUUUCUUUCAGCAUUUCUCGCAAAUGCUGAUAACCUUAUAGUAUAUAAUCAAAAAAUGUUAUUGCGUAUUAUGACAUUUUAAUAUAUAAAACAAUUAUAGCCUACAUUUUGCUUUUCGUGUGUGCAGUGUGUCUUUGGCCAACCAACUGGACAAAGAAAGCGUGAUCACAACGUCCGUAGUGACCUCCCUCCCCUGGAGUCCUGUCCUUUUCAGGAUUGAUUUUAAGAUUUUAUUGCUUGUUUGUAAGGUUUUGAAUGGGCUGGCGCCACCUUAUCUAGCAGAACUCUUGCAUCAUCAUCAUCCUCCAGUUGGAGCGCUGAGGUCGACCAACCAGAUGCUCUUGGAUCUUCUGAGAUCCAGGCACAAAACUAGAGGCGACCGAGCCUUCGGGUGGCUGCCCCUGAUCUCUGGCACAGUUUACCUCUCCACAUGAGAGCUGCUCAGACUCUAGAAACGUUUGAGCUGCUGCUAAAGACCCACCUCUUUUCGCUGGCAUUCAGUUCAAGUUGAGCUUCACACCUUGACUUCAUCUGCUACUGUGCCACAAUUCUUUUAUUGUUAUUAUGUUGAUUGUUUUCUUCUUAUUUGUUAUUUACUUUUAUAUUUGUUUUGUAAAUCUGCUAUAUAAUUAAACUUAAAGAAAGAACAAUUAGAAAAACUAGAGGAGGAAUUGCAGCGCGAAAUUAGAAACGAGGACAUGAGAGGACUGCGAGGGAAACCACUGUACGGGACCAGCGCAGUGUCCAAAAAGAAUUAAGGAAGUAAAAGCGAAUAAGAUCAGAGCAGAAAAGGGAUCGUCAUAUGCGGGCAGUGGAGAGAAACGGUGAAAGGGUGGUAGUUCAAAAGGAAAAAGAGAAGAAAGGAAAUGGAGACGAGCAAAACAUCAGUAUGGACAAGAAGCGAUUUCUGGCAUUUAUUGCCACGGUUACAAACUGUGCGGCUGAAAUGAAGGGGAAGUCAGAAAGGAUUAAGAUGGUGCUGGACGCUGCAAGAAGGUUCCUGAAUGCUGUGGACACAUCUGGAGAGGAUCCAGAUGUUACACUGAGGGAAGGAGCUGCACCAACUCAGACAGCUGGGUCUGGGUUAGAGAAUUGACUAUGGCAUGGGAUCACGUUGGGUGGACACUGUUUAAAGUUUAAACUGUGAAGCUGUUAAAAUUCAGUAGGUGGCGGUAGUGCGCAAUUAGGGAUGCCAACCGCCAUAAAACACAACAGAGGAAGAAGAAGAAGAAAAAAUAAAUAAAUGAAUAAAUAAAUAAAUAAAUAAUACCGGAGGCCAGGGUAUCGGCCCGUUCUGAACGGGCACUGCACUAGUAAGAUCCAGUCGGGGUGAACCAGCAGAGCCUGUAUGUUUGGAUAAACCUGUUGAAGCGGACUUUGUGUGAACUUUCGGGAUGUUUCACCGCAGACUCAUCUCCUGUUAGCCAAGAAUGCUAAUGGAGUUAGCUUAGCUUGCUAGCAGGAAGUAGACGGAGACGGAGCUCGGCCUCACAGUGCGAGUCGGAGUAGCUUUGAUAGAGACCAAACUGUGUUUUUCACGGAGCCAAAGUGUCCAGACAGACCUGUCUGAAGAGACUCUGCGCUGUUCGCUUUAUUUGAAAAUGUUUAGCAUCUGAAUUAUCUCCCGGCGUCCUGCGGAGCUAAUGGAGUUAGCUUAGCUUGCUAGCAGGAAGUAGACGGAGGCGAACGUGAUGUAACUUAGCAACACAGCGCGCAUCAGAGUGAGCAGACAGUUUUUAACGGAGUGAGUCUGGAGGAAAAGCUGCUGUGAAGCUGUGAAAAUGUCUAAAGUCCAGAACGAGGAGGAAGUUUGUGGACAACGCAAACUGCUGGACGCUGUUUUCCAGCCUGAAGUCCGGCUGCACAGAGCAGAUGUCCAGCUGCUGUUGAGUAAAGAUGAUCACCCUGAGCAGCAGGACUGGAGCCCCAGUCUGGACCAGGAGGACCCACCAGAGCCCCCACAGAUUAAAGAGGAACAGGAGGAACUCUGGACCUGUCAGCAGGGAGAGCAGCUUCGAGGGCUGGAGGAGGCCGAUAUCACCAAGUUCACAUUCACUCCUGUCCCUGUGAAGAGUGAAGAAGACGAUGAAGAGAAACCUCAGUCCUCACAGCUUCAUCAAAGACUAACUGAACAGAUGAAAACAGAAGCUGAUGGAGAGGACUGUGGAGGACCAGAACCAGCCAGGAACUCAAAUCCAGAUAGACAUUUACAUCCAGCUACUCAGGACAAGACGUCAGACUCCUCUGAACCUGAGACUGAUGACAGCUGUGAUUGGGUGGAGACCAGGGAGCCUCAGUCAGGUUUAAACCCUCUGCAAAACACGGAAGUACCUGUAAGUGAUCAGGAAUGUAAUACUGGAAAAACAUCAAGUAGCUCCUCUGAAUGUGCUACAAGCUCUGGCCACGAGGGACAUCUGCAGGAACUCAAUGGAAUCCAAACAGGAGAGAAACCAUUUAGUUGCUCAGUUUGUAAAAAAACGUUUCAACGGAGAGUAGAGGCUGUGAGGCACGAGAGAAUCCACACAGGGGAGAAACCCUUCAUUUGUUCUGUUUGUGGUAAAGGAUUUCCACAAAGAUCAACUUUGACCAAACACCUAAGAGUUCAUACAGGAGAAAAACCUUUCAGUUGUUCUGUCUGUGGUAAAGGAUUCACACAAAGCUCAAAUUUGACCUCACACUUAAGAGUUCAUACAGGAGAAAAACCUCUUACAUGCUCAGUUUGUAAAGCAAGUUUCAGUUUCAGAGGCAAUUUGUCCACACACAUGAGAAUGCAUACUGGGGAGAAACCAUUUAGUUGUUCAUGUUGUGGUAAAACAUUUGCACAAAAGGGAGAUCUGACAAAACACUUGACUGUCCACACAGGGGAGAAACCAUUUCGUUGUUCAGUUUGUGGUAAAGGAUUUGUAGAAAGGGGAAAUCUGACACAACACUUGACUAUCCACACAGCGGAGAAACCAUUUAGUUGCAGCGUCUGUGAUAAAAGAUUCACUCUGCUUCAUAUUUUCAAAAACCACAAGUGUGCUGGUGAGAGCAGCGGAAGUAAAAGAAGCUGCAGAGAUGCUCGUUGAACUAAUUCCGUCCAGCAGGAUUGAAGUACCGAGGACAAGACUUGGUUCAACACUGAUCAGUACAAAACUGUGAUUCAGACUCCAAAAUAAGUUAGGAUGAAGCCAUGCGAUUCUGGUUUUUUUUUGUGUCUACAUUAUUUCGUCGUUUUCCAGGAACUGUGCUUUUUUGUUAUUACCUGUAUUCAUUGAUUCAAAAUUGGUUAAAACUGUCUAAAAGAAUUUCAUGUCAACUCUACAGCACUAUGGUCAACGUCUGUUGUUUUAAAAUGUGAUUGUUAAAUUAAAUGACUUGACUUACCUCCCAAUAACACAAUUUAUUUCUAAUUCAA